AUGGCAACCCGUCGUUCCCAUACCAAGUCCCGCACUGGCUGUAGGGACUGUAAGCGGAGGAAAGUCAAGUGCGAUGAAGCAUACCCGUCCUGCUUCAACUGCUCAAGACACGGCAUCCCAUGCAGUCUCUCAACAUCACAGACCUCACCAGCAAACAUCACCCCCCAAAGAUCAACAACAACACCAUCUGUCAACGGCCUCAGCCCAGAAGCACCAUACAACUUCCUAGACGCCGCCAUCGACCAUGACAGGCUCCAUUCUCCCGCUCCGUCCAUCGGACACUGGGGCCACGGCCUGGAGUUGAUGCACCACUUCACGCUCGUCACCGCAAACAGCCUCUCCGUCCGCCCGGACAUGCAACACGUCUGGCGCGUUACCAUGCCCGAGAUCGGCUACGAUUGCCCGUUUGUCAUGCACGGCAUCCUCACAAUCGCGGCGCUGCACAAGGCGUAUCUGAUACCCUCGGCGCGGGACAAGUACCUCGACCUCGCGACGUCACAUCAGACUGCAGGCCUCGAGGGCUUCCGAACGCAGCUUCACACCGUUAACGACACAAACUGGAAGCCAUUCUUCUGCUUCGCGUCGCUUGUCGUCUUCUACGUCGCUUCGUUGCCCGUGCGGAUGGGGCAGGACCUCGACUCCGAGCCGGAUAUCAUGGGUGUCUUCAUCUUUGUGCGAGGGAUUCGUGCGAUCCUCGAACCAUAUCAGACAAAAAUUGUAAGGACGGAAUUUGCGCCAAUGGCGACAGGAAUAUGGACCAUCGAUCCGAGUGAUCCAUCAUAUAAGUGCGUCGACACCGGCCAUCAAGAAAUUCUUAUUCCCAACACUGACAGACUAAACAGGCUCCCACCCCUCCAUAACUCCCCACUCCCACCCGACGUCUUCGAAGCAAUCCAAGGCCUCUUAGACUUUUACACAGAAAACCUCCAUGACAGCGCGCGCGAAGAGUACGUGACAGCCGUGCGCGAGCUCGAAAAAGCAGUCUACCUCAUGGCGCAUGCCGGCGCCAACCUCGAGGUCGGCAUGAUUCUCUUCUGGCCGUACGUCAUCUCGGAGAACAUCAUGGCCGACAUACACGCCCUGAACCCGUACAGCCUGGUCCUGCUGGCGUACUUUUCCGUGUUCUUGUGUGUGCUCGAGCCGACGUUUUGGUUCCUUCGGGGGUGGUCGAAGAGGUUGUUUGCUAUGGUUGAUGCGCAGUUGGCGGGACAUCCUGUGUUGUUGGAGGCUGUGAGGUGGCCUCGGAAGCAGGUGUAUGAGUUUUAUGCGCAUAUUUGA